GCUCUAGCCCGCGCAGGAGCCGGUGAGACGCGGUGCUGGCCUCUCUAGGCUGCGGGAGACCGCGCAGGCGCUGCCCGUGCGGUGGGCGAUGGGCUUCUUGCGCAAAGCGCUCAUCUCAGUCGCGGUGCUGGGGGCGUGGGCUGGCGUGGGCUCCGCGCUCUUUGUCCUCGUGACCCCCGGAGAGGAGCGGGUUCAGGCGAUGCUGAAGGAGAUGCCGGGGCAGGACUUACGGAGCCGGGAAGAGGCGGCCAGGACCAAGCAGUUACUGAUGGCCGCUCUGCAGGAGGCAGCUGCCACGCAGGAGAACGUGACCUGGAGGAAGAACUGGCUGAGCGGCGGCGGCGGGAAGUCAGCGUGAGCCGGGACCUGCACCCGUGGGCGCUGGGAGCUCCGCUCCGGCACAGGAGUAGGAGGCGGCCUUGCAGGGACCUGGCGGGGAGCCCGGGCUCGGGGAGCUGCCGCCGGGUGAGCACUUCCCCCCCAAACCCUGCACUGGCUGCGCGUUCAUGUCCUCGCGGGCCGGCGCCGUCGAUGUGGGGAACUGAAGGAACCAGUAAAUCAGUUCCUCCAUCCGGAAAGUGAGCCCUGAGGCCUGACGCCUGUAAAUGUCUCCGUUGUGGGGGUCGGUUCUAUGGGCUGGGAUGGCCGCAGCACCCAGUGCCCCGCUUCCCAUGUGUGGCCGAAGCCCAAUAGGCACAGCGAUCACGCUUUGAAAGCACGAGCCCGCUCAUGUGUGUGAGUGUUCUUUUGGGGGUAACCAGGCGGCAUUCUUGAAGUCGAACUGCCCCGGAAAACCGUGCAGCAGUAGCUGCCAGGGGACACUUAGGGUUCCUGUCGUGAGGCUGGAGCUGAGCUCUUAGCACUGAACACGGGCCGGGAGGCUUCGGUGGCCAUUGGCCUUGGGAGCCCGUUUGCUGGGAGCAGUGAAAGCGUGUUUUGAGUCAGAGGUUUGAUUCAACUCCAGCACGUUACACGUUUCCUCUGAGCCUCAGUACUGCUCUGUAAAGGUGCUAAUCAUCUUGAGGGCUGUCAUAAGAAUAAUGUAGAAGAGUAAAGUGUAGGGCCUGGCAGAGCAGCCUCUAGUAAAUAGUGGGGUUUCCCCUCAAGGCUUCACUGUAGUUUCCAGUCUGAGUCCAGUCGUAGGAUCCACUGGAAGCGCCGCUGAAGGGAUGAGACACAGCUGUCAGUGAGGUUGCAGCCCCACCACCAAGUCCAUUGCUUGGCUCCCCUUUUGUCCACGAGAAAAAAGGCUGCUUUCAUUACACAUAAGUUUAGCCAGAACACUAAUACGUGGAGGUAUAAACCCAGAUAUGAGCAUUGGUGCUGUUUUCAACUGCUGGGUGGUGAAGUCAUAAGCUGAAUACAUGUCACCUAUGACCUUUAGGUUAAUCGUGGCCCUUUCCCAGCCUGGGAUUGAGGGGAAGGCAGCAGCUGUUAGGGAACACUAGGGUCAGGUGAUCAGUGGCUGUGAGGCAGGUACCCAUAAAGGUGCUUGGCACCUAGAGUUGGGCACCCCGGGCACGUGUCCAGGAUCCGUAACCAGUUGCCUGUGUCAGGCUGGGCAAGUCACCAGCUUUAGUGUCCGAGUCUCUAAAAUGGGUAACUGUACCUACUCCUAGGUGGUAAUAGUACCUUCGUAUCUCAGUUAAUACUUGUAAAAUGCUUUUAAGGUCAGUGUUCCUCAAUGUUUAGGAAUGGCCACAUAAAACAUUGCCCUUUUAA